AUGGUGACCAUAUGUCACAACGAAAGCACUUUCACUGUCAGAGCCCUGAUUGAUUCGGGAUCUGAAGCCACCUUCGUAAGAAAUAGUCUCCAAAAACGCUUACAUUUGGCAACCAAAAAGGUCAGCGCGCGAGUUUCAGGAUUGAAUAAUACCGUGCCAGGACGAGUUCAAUCGAAACAACAUCAGCAGCAUCAACAGCAGCACCAGCUACAACGGGAUCAAAGUAACGAUGAUGGCGAAACAAAUGAUGCGCCCGGCUCAUCGAAUCACACCGAUACGCAUGGUAGCUUCGGUGUGCCGACACUGCCUGCAGCAGCGCUAUCUCUGUCAGGCAAUUUCGCUUAUUACGCGGGCGCCGCUGAAACGGUGGCAGCAACGGCUGUCACAGCUGCAACACACCGACAUGCUGACGCAGCAACGCCACCACUACCACCCCCAUCACAAUCGUUGCCGCCAUCAUCAGCAGUGGCGGCCUCAUCAGCAACAGCGCACUAUCCACCAUCACACCAGCAGAUGCAGCUACAGCUCCAACAACAAUACGAGCAGCGUUAUCAACUGCAAACAGCCUAUUAUCACCAGCAACAGCUGGCGCCGCCGUCGCAAUCGCAGCAAGAAGACCAAUCAGCAACGUACGUGACGUCACAACAGCCGUCUACACAAUACCAACAUGCGGCGGCCACAACAACAACAGUAAAUCAACAUGCUGCGCGCAGCAACAGACAAGCAACGCAGUCGACAGCCACGCACCACACAACGAAAACAUCACAAGCAGCAACAACAACACAGCAGCAGCAACCUGCAGCAAUAGCGCACGCGUUGACACAAACCACACUGCAACAACAACAACCGUGUCAACGCACGUCAGAACAACGCUUGGCAUUUGCGACAGUCACUGAAAACAACAACAACAGCAGCUGCAACAGUAUGAUUACCAUUACUCCGAUUGAACUGCUCAGUGACAUCUCCGAGCGCAAUGUGCUUUGGGAAUAUUUAUUCGGCUUGCAACAUCCGUCGCUGUAA